AAACCAGAUUCACAAGAUACCCUGCCAGGAUCAACUGUGUGUCUGAAGACCACUUUUAAGGGAACACCACCUUUGUCUAUAAGAUGGUUUAAAGGUGUGGAUGAACUUAAAACUGGAGGUUCUUGCUACAUUGCUAAAGAGAACACCAGCAGCUCUUUGGAACUCUAUGCAGUUAAAACAUCGGAAUCUGGAAACUAUGUCUGCAAAGUCAGCAACAUGGCUGGCGCUGUGGAAUGCAGUGCAAACUUAUUUGUGAAAGAGCCAGCAACAUUUGUUGAGAAGCUAGAACCUUCACAGCUUUUCAAAAAGGGCGAUGCUGUACAACUUGAAUGUAAAAUAGCUGGAACACCAACUAUUAGCAUUACCUGGUUUAAAAACGACAAGGAAAUUAGAGAAAGUGAUGCUUGCAGUGUGUCAUUCCUGAACUCUGUAGCAGCUCUUAGAAUUUAUAGUAUAAGUCUUGAAGACAUCGGC